AUGUCUUCUGGAAAAGUUAUCAUUUAUGGUGGAAAAGGUGCAUUGGGUUCGGCUGUUCUCGAUUAUUUUAAAGCCAGAAAUUUCGUAAGUUUUUUGUAAUAUUGAAGGGGCGGGAAAAGAUUUGGUAUUGAUAAAUAAUAUAAUGAAAACUUGAAUGUAUGUUUCGAAUACAAAUGUUUAAUUUUUCAGUCAGUUUUAAACAUUGAUUUAUCUUCAAAUGAACAUGCCGAUACCAAUAUUGUCGUAAAUCCAUCAGUCUCAUGGGUUGAACAAGAAGAGUUAAUUUUGAAACAGUAAGUUACAAUAUUUCUGAAAACAUUGAAAAAAAAAACAAUUUCUCUCUAGAACUUCUGAUGCUCUUUCUGGUUCUCAAGUCGAUGGUAUUUUCUGUGUGGCCGGUGGUUGGGCUGGCGGUUCAGCAGCUUCAAAAGAUUUCAUCAAAAAUUGCGAUCUUAUGUGGAAACAAUCUGUCUGGAGUUCAACAAUUGCUGCUCGCCUCGCACAUUCAUAUCUCAAACCAGGAGGUGUUCUUCAAUUGACUGGUGCCGCUGCUGCAAAUGAUGCCACACCAGGAAUGAUUGGAUAUGGUUUGGCAAAAGCAGCAGUUCAUCAUUUGACAAAAUCUCUUGCGGAAAAAGAUGGAGGACUUCCAGAAAACUCGGCUGUUUUGACAAUUCAACCAAUUACUCUUGAUACUCCAAUGAAUCGUAAAUGGAUGCCAAAAGCCGAUCAUUCGAGCUGGACUCCACUCGAUUAUAUUUCGGAAAAUUUGCAUAAAUGGACUACUGAUUUGGGCAGCAGACCAAAAUCUGGAAGCCUUCUCAAAAUCACAACAACAAAUGGAACAUCAAAAAUUGAAUAA